ACCUUGCUCACCUUCCCAUAAAAUGCCUCGCGAACUCAGGAAACGAGGUAGAAAACAUAAAAAGCCAGCCGCAGAGGUUCCAGCCCCAGCAGAAGAACAACCCGUCCAAGCAGAAGAGUCAGAGCCGCAAGCCGGCCCCUCUUGGAUUGUCUCUUCAUCAAACGCGCCCGAAAUCAACCCCGAAGCACCGUUUGGUUAUGUGGACGCGGACGUCAAAGCUUACUUUCGAACGGUCGAUGUGCAACUGCGUGACUGGCAGGAUAACACGGAGGAAGCAGUCGAUGGGGACGAGGAUGUAGAUCCCAAUGAAAACAGGCGAAUGUUCCUCCUCGCCUCUUUGCAAGAGAUGACUGGGAAGGAACGUGAGCUGGCGACGGAUCCUGACUGCUCAAAUGUUCUCGAGCGCAUGGCAUAUUCGAUGGACGAUUUCGUGCGUCGAGUGUUCAUGGAUAGCUUGACGGGUUCUUAUGAGAAGCUGGUGAAACAUCGGUUCGCUUCACAUGUGGUGCAAACCCUCCUGGACGUUGCUGCCGACACCGUCUCUCGUGAGGGCCGGAAUAUCAUGCCUUCAGUCGAGGAGACAUCAGACAAAGGCGAACUGCGGACUCUGACACAGCUGGUCAUAGAUCUAUGUGAAGAACUUAUCCCUUCAUUUUCUACGCUUGUCAUGGAUCCGUUUGGCUCCCACGUCGUUCGUUCGCUUUUCGUCCUUUUGUGUCCGGCAUUAUUCUCGUCCGAUGCCUCCAACAAAAUGCAGUCCACGGUGCGGUCCAAAAAAAGUACAGCUUGGAAAGCCAAACAAGGUCCCAUGAAAUCUGUCUUCAGCGAUGAUCGUAAUCGACAGAAAGCAGGGUCGGCGAAGAAUAGCCCAGAACAAUUCAGACAUGCAGCUAAGCGAUUCGUGGAAACUGUACGCGCCGAACUUGGAGAGAACGAAGUGAGAUCGUUAGCUGCGAAUAAGGUUGCUAGCCCGGUGCUGCAGAUGUUGUUGGAAGUCGAAGCCGACCAAGGCAUGGCAAACGAGCCAAACUCACUAAUGGAUUGUGUCUUGUCAGGCCUUAUAACCCUGCAUCACAAUGACCCGACAGCACAGCCUGAAGCAUCCGAUUUUCUCUCUACUCUUUUCCGCGACCCAACCUCUUCACAUUUGCUAGAAACCAUCGUAUCGCGAACACCAGAAGCCGUGUUCCACAUCAUGUGGUCUGUGUAUUUCGAGAACAAAUUGUCACGGCUAGCGGUGCAUCCUGUUGCAAAUUUUGUCGUUGCAAAAUCUAUAGACAGAGUUUCUGCUGACCAGCUGAAGAGUAUCAUCGAGGAGCUGGGAGGUGCCUGGGGCAAAAUAAGAGUCACUAGAACGGGUGUCCUGCGUGCUCUUGUAGAUCGGGCAACAGCUCUGCAAGCUGCAGAAAAUGACGUUUGCGAGGCACUAUACGCUGCAUUUGAUAUCAAGACCGAUGAAGAUCAGCAAUUGUUUGUACCAAGCGUACUACGUCUCCAGACCGCAAAAGUAGCAUCCUCACGGUCAGCUGCAACCGCAGAUACAAAAGAAUCAGAACCAUCGAAGACCCGUUUUCGCUCAGGCAAAAACACAGCUGACGAUCCCCUCGAGCCGAAAACCGCUGGCGCGGUACUGCUCCAAUCCCUUCUUCGCCUUCCCGACCCGCAUAAUCAAAUUGUCCUUAAAAGUGUGCAAUCCCUUCCGAUCGAAGAUGUCAUCGUUCUCGCACAGCAUCCUACUAGCUCUCGCGUCCUUGAUGCUAUUCUCGACUCCCCUACUGUCCCAUCUAAAACUAAGCGUAGAUACAUCUUGUCUUUCAUCGGGCACUACGAAAAGCUUGUCGACGAUCGGAUAGGCAGUCGCGUCGGAGACCGCUGUUGGGCUUCGGCGGACCCCUAUCUCAAAGAAAAAAUUGCGCGGUCACUCAUCCCUCACGAGAUGACGCUCUCCGCCUCGUAUUACGGCAAAUUUUUCGCUCGGAACCUCAACCUGUAUCUUCUUCAACGUCGGCCGGACGAGUGGCGCAGCAUGCAGUCGUCCGCGUCUGCCGCGAAGAAAACAACUUCAGCAAAAGUAAUAGACGCGAUCGCAUCGGUACCUCCAGCCACUUCUGAACCACACACGGCCUCGACUACGGUUGCACCAGCCAAGAAACGCAAACGUGAACUUCCUGGUGACGAGAUCGAUGCCUUGUUUGAGUCUGCAUUGGGGAAAAAGGUGAAGAAGGGUUCGCUGGCGCAUAAUCUUGGGAUUAGCGAUGCACCGAAAGACGACGCGGCCAUGCAGGUUGAUAGCCAGAAGGAGCGGAAACACAAGAAGGACAGGAAGAUCGACAAGGGCAAGAAGGAUGACUUAGGAGACGUGUUGGGUGCGAUUCGGUCUGCACCGAAAGGGGAGGAGAAGAGUAAGAAGAAACGGCGUUGAGGUUUGGGCGAGGGUCGACGCUCUUUGGAGAAGGGUUUGUACGGACUUUUUAUUUGAAAAUACGCUUAGUCUUGACUGCGCGGAGUGCAUUACUGGGUCACCAUCACCAUUGCGCAACUAUAUUUUUGUAUGGGCUGUGUCCAUUCUGUUCC